AUGAGAGCUUAUAAGCUAGUUCGAUGGGGACAACCUGGUCAGUAUAUCGAUGUUCCGCAACCGACUCCCGGUCCGCUGGAUGUCCUGGUCCGCGUCAAAGCUGUCGGUCUCUGCCGCUCUGACAUCGACAUGAUGGACAGCCAGCCCGGCGAGGAUCCUUAUGCGAGCGCCAUCGAUGCCGGCUACAUCCUCGGACACGAGACGGCCGGCUUCGUUGAAUCAUGGGGCUCGAGUGUGACGGAUUUGGAAAAGGGGGAGACGGUGGUGCUCCAUCACAUGCGCCACUGCGGCUUCUGCGAGUAUUGCGAAGCCGGCAUUGAGCAGCAUUGUGACCACUUCCGGCGCGGUGCAAUUGGCAUGACUCGAGGCUGCGGCUUCGACGGAGGACUCGCAGAGUUCAUUGUCGUCCCCCGUACCGAACUCAUCUCCGUGGGCUCCGCCGACCCCGUCUUGUUUGCUCCCCUCACCGACGCCGGUGUGACUGCGUAUGCCGGCUGCAAGCCCUUUUGGCCCCUACUGCGCCCGGGGACGAGCGUACUGGUCAUCGGUGUCGGCGGCGUCGGCGCCUACGCGAUCCAACUCAUCAAGCUACGCACUGCCGCCAAAGUCGUUGCGGUAGAUACGUCCCAGGAUCGCCUCGAUCUUGCCAAGAAACUAGGUGCCGACGGGAUCGUGCUCUCACAGCCAGACACUGAAGCUCGCGUACGCCAGUUUCUCAACGGAAGAGGCGUCGAAUGCGUCCUGGACGUCGUCGGAACCGAUCGCACUCUGGCCUUGGCCGCCGCCUUAGUGCGCCCGGAGGGAUUUGUCUCUGUUGUGGGCAUGCAGGGCGGCAGCGUCAAGCUUGGCUGGAACAGGAUAGCGACGAGUGCUAGGUUUGCAACCUCGCUGGGGAGCACGCGUCAAGACCUGCGCGAAGUUUGUCAGCUAGCACUGGAAGGGAAACUGCAGAUUGACAUUGAUCGAUUCUCCUUUGAUCAGAUCCCCGAGGCUUACGAGAAGCUGCGGAAAGGACAACUUUAUGGUCGUGCCGUGAUUGUUAUGGACAACGUAUUGCAGUAG